AUGUCUACGCUCCACAUUGAGUCUUCCAAGCCCGUGAACACAGAUCAGACCCUGUUCGAGGGCCUAUCCGAUGAAGAAACACGAUCCAUCGAAAAGACCUUGGUACACAAGAUCGACCUUCAUUUGAUCUCUGCUUUGUUCCUGUUAUUUAUAUUCAACAUCUUGGACCGAUCCAAUAUCGCCAAUGCGCGCCUGGGAGGGCUGCAGAAUGACCUGCACCUCUCCGACACUCAAUACCAGACCACUGUAGCUAUAAUGUUUGUCGGUUAUCUUCUGGGUCAGGUCCCAAGCAACAUUCUUCUGACCCGCUCCAAACCCUCACGUUAUAUCCCAACAGCCAUAUUCAUAUGGGGCGGAAUCUCUUUGUGCACUGCAGCAACCAAGAAUUUCGCAGGGCUGAUGUGUGUGCGCGUAUUUCUUGGGUUUGCCGAAUCGCCAUUUUUCCCUGGAGCUCUACUCCUGAUCAGCUCUUGGUAUAAACCGUCGGAAAUUGCUGUGCGAGUGGCGAUUGUUUAUUGUGGAAACACUGUUGCCAACGGAUUUGGUGGGUUACUGGCAGCCGGCAUAAUGAGCGGGCUGGAUGGCAGAGGGGGCCUUGCUGGCUGGAGAUGGCUCUUCAUAAUCGAAGGUGCUGGCACCAUGGUGGCGGGCCUAGUAGCAUUGGCUUUGUUACCCGAUUUCCCUUCCUCGGGCCGGCAGAAAUGGCUGACUGAACAGGAGCAGCGCUUGUCUGAAUGGCGCCUGGCUCGCGUGGUAAAUGAUGAAGUUGAUGAGAAUGGCUCCAUCAUGGAAGCGCUGCGCGAUGCUUUAAUCGACCCGAAAGCCUGGAUCCUCAUACUCAUCCAAGUUUGCCAGCUUUCCUCCCAAACCUGGACGUACUUUUUCCCCACAAUUGCUAAAACUCUAGGCUACAGUACCAAUGUCACAUUGCUUAUUAUCGCGCCAGUGUAUAUCUUUGGCUUCGUCACUGCCCUAGGGAACUCCUUGAUCGCGAAUUACACCGACCAACGAGUUGUCCUGAUUGCCUGGCCUCUCUGUGUGGAUAUAAUUGGAAACAUAAUGGUCAUUUCUUCUCGGGCCACUGCUGUGCGGUACGCCGGCAUGUUCCUCAUGUGUGCGGGUUCCUAUUCGGCAUUCAGUGUGGUGCAGGCAUGGAUUGCAAGCACGAUUCCCCGCAGUCGGACGAAACGUGCUAUUGUAUACGCCCUGGUGAAUUUGUUCGGCAAUUCGUCCAAUAUAUACGGCUCGUACUUCUUCCCCACUGCAGAUUCGCCCCAAUAUCGGCCGGGGGGCAUCACCCUGUCGGCUUUUGCUGCUGGAGGAAUACUGCUGUCAUUCAUCCUGGCAGGCUAUCUCCAUUGGCUAAACAUGAUAUCGAAAAAAGCGGAGCAGCAAGACGACCAGAGACGUUACAAGUAUAUUUGGUAG